UUCAUUCAUAUUUAAUGAUAUGGAGAUUGAGAAAAGCAAGAGUGAUCAGGAGCAUAUUGACAAAACAUUGCAGACAGUCUUGCAAGAUAAUGUGGAUAAAGUAGCAAAGGUCUUCAUAUUGAUCAGGCAUUACUUUCACUUCAGCUUGGUAGUUUGGGACAUUAAAAAUGGAAAAAUGACAAACUACAAUUCCAAACUACCAAGGGUACAUGGGAAUACAGACCUAUACUUUGAUCAUGUUGUUCAAGUGAGAGACAAAAUUGAAGGAUUUUACAAAUAUUUCAAAGGAGACAGCAAUCUCACAAUAGAUAUUGAAAGAUGCUUAACUUGCGCCCAACAAAAGGAGGACUCAUUGGAUUGUGGCAUAUUUGUCCUUCAAUUUGCAACCCAAGUGCAAGAGGGCAAACCGGUAGAAGCCACAUUUGAGAAGGAAAAUGUAUUUGCUAAAAGAGCUCAAAUUGCAACUACACUUGUGAAUCAUAAGAAUAGUUAUGCAAAUGGACUGAAGAAGAUACUUGAAGACAGAAGACAACAAAAUAAACAUGGUCAAUAUGAUGACAUUCCAGAUGAGGAUUUUAUUACAUUAGCUUGAGUUUUACAAAUUACAUUUUAUAUCAAUGUACAUCUACAUACAAAACCCCGAGCUCAGGUGGGCUUGUAUGCUGGUGCCCAUCCCAUA